AUGAGGUUUUAUACUGCACUCGUCACUGUCCUCGGCCUCGGCAGAGUCAUGGCCCAAGAGGACGCUGACCGCGAUAAAGAACUCGCCGAUCUCGUCAAGCAGGACAUCGGCGCCAACUUCAACCGUACCCUUGCUUUACUCGAGGACAGAAACAAGUUCUCUGCCUCUGAUGUCACAGACCUAGCCAAGCUAUUCGGGUGGCAAGUUGCUGGCAGUCUAGAUGGCGAUAUACUCAAGUUAGGCAAAGUCACCGUAAAUAUAGGGCAGGCUGCUACUAUCGGGGGCCUCCUCGUCAAUGGUGACUACAAUAUGACGGCGGAUGCUCUCAAAGAUUGGGCUAAGAACUUCGGCACCACCGCUUUGGCUUUCCUCCCCAAGGUCGGCGCCCUUGGGAACUUGCCCGGCUUCCUUACGAUACUUGCCUCUAUCGCUGGUACAAUAGAUGGGCAUUACCACGCCAGUACAUAUGCUAUAAGGGAGGCAGAGGCGGCCUGUUUCUCUAAUGAGGGCCAGACUUACAAAGGACUCUGCGACAACUGCAACCCAAACCUCGUUAUCUCCCUAUUAGGCAAACUGCAUAACUGUUCCGACGAGAAAGUUGCCCCUCGAGAUGGACCGAGAGACUUAGACAGGGCAAAGCAGCUUUGCAGUAGUGUUCUAUGCAAUACUUAUGCCCCAGAUUCCCCUAAUGGAAGAGACGCUAUUCUAUUUAACCAAUACCGAUACGAUCCCCUACGCUCUUUCUGGUGCAAGACAAAGGAGGAACAAAUCGGCUUGCUACUCAACCCAACUAUUGGGGCUGUCCUCAGGGAGAACCUCAACGUGAUAGACUAUCAUGAGUUCCGUAAUAAGCUUGAGGACCCUUGUAAGGAGCUUUACGGUGGCGGUUCGAAGAACAAGUGCCCGACAAAGGCUGUCUUUCAAGAAAAGAACCGGCAGUUCCCUCCAGUUCAAUACUGUGCCCCAGGUAUUAGGGCAGCACCGCUUCCACGAUACGUGCAGGACCCCAAGAACAGCAGUCUGUUCACCGAUGAGUUAACAUGGAUGCAAUAUAAAAAGAACGAUAACAGAACUUCGACCUGGACUGGCGAGUGCGGCAGUUAUCGCGAUAGUCAGGAUGGGCUUCUAAACCAUAGCUGCUGCGGGCCAUUUAAUUUUCCCACUGGCCGCUUCAUUGUAAAGCCGGAAGAUGGGGCACCGUGGUGUCAUGGGGUGAGAGACGAGAAUUUAAAGGUGCCAGAUAAUGAAAAAAUGAUUCCAACGCCAGAUAAUGUUCAGGGAUAG